CAUCGUUUUUUAACUCAGUUCUAUAAACAUUUCAUUAUCAAUAUAUAAUAUCAUCUGAUUGUUGAAUAAUAGAGCUGAAAAAAGGUCAGAUUGCAGGAAUAAAAUGGAGCCACAUGUGACUCAAAAUCUAGAAACUCAAAAUUCAUCUCCAAAAAGGCUAUUGGAUAAGGUUGCAGUUAUAACUGGUGGUGCAAGAGGAAUAGGUGCAGCCACAGCAAAACUAUUUGCAGAAAAUGGUGCACAUGUAAUCAUAGCUGAUGUUCUAGAUGAUGAAGGUACGAAAGUUGCUGAAUUAAUUGGUGGCCUCUACAUACAUUGUGAUGUGUCCAAAGAAUCAGAUAUUGAAUCAGCAAUUAACCUUUCAAUAUCAUGGAAAGGACAUUUAGAUAUAAUGUUCAACAAUGCUGGAAUUGCUGGCUAUGAAGGAAGAAGCAUAACAACUAUUGACAUGGAAAAACUAUCUCAUUUACUUUCAAUUAAUCUCUUUGGAACUAUACAUGGAAUCAAACAUGCUUCAAAAGCAAUGAUCAAAGGUAAAAAAGGAGGUUCAAUUAUAUGUACUUCAAGUACAGCUUCAAUAAUGGGUGGAUAUGCAUCACAUGCUUAUACAAUGUCAAAAGCAGCAAUGGAUGGAUUAAUGAGAAGUUGUGCUUGUGAAUUAGGAGUACAUUUAAUUAGGGUUAAUUGCAUUUCACCACAUGGUGUUCCUUCUGAAAUGCUACUUAAUGCUUUUAAGUGUUUUGGUAAAGUUGAUAUUACUUGUGAAGAAUUAAGUGAGUUUAUUGGGAAGAAAGCAAGUUUGCUUAAAGGAAGAGGUGCAACUAUUGAAGAUGUUUCACAAGCUGCUCUGUUUUUGGCUAGUGAUGAAUCUGGAUUUAUAACUGCUCAUAAUCUUUUUGUUGAUGGAGGGAUUACAUCUGCUAAUAGUCUUAACAGUUUCAUCUACCAAGAUCCUAAAUGAAGAGAAAAUUAAUGACAAUUAAUAAAGUGAAAAGUAGGUUGUUUUUAAAUUGGAGUUGAUGCUCUAAAAUUGCCUAUUAUAUGAUAUAAUAGUUCUUUUCUUUUCUUUAAGAUAUUCAAUAGAUGAGAAUAAUAUAUAGUUGCAUUA